AUGGAGCCCGAAGACCUGUCUUGGGACUCACUGAAGAUUAAAAGCAACGCAGACAAAGAUAGUACCAGACUUCUUCUCCUGAAGAUGCUGGACGAGGCCGACCUGCUUACCCAGUCCACCAGUUCCCUCGCAGACAGGAAGCGCCUGGCAGAUGAACUCAACUGUACCGUCCCACGCAUGCCGGAAGGCAUCAGAAAGGCUUUCACGAGCAACCCGAGUGACUGUAUUGACUCACUGACAAAAUUGGCCGUUUUCUGCAAACACAGCGACAUCCACAAGGUUGAGUACUACGAGAAAACCGCAUCACGCCUACUUCGCGACGAGUACUUCUACAUCGUUGAUAUCGACAGCAACUUCAAGGGGCCAUUCUUACUAUCCGACCUUCUUCGCGACGAAGGCGGAUUGUACAGCGACGGCACAAUCGAAGAACGAUUACUCGACUUCAACAAAUUUCUGAAGUGCCUCUACAAGUGCGAUUUCAAUAGCUUCCGCCACGAGGUCAGUCUCUGGUACGCCGAGACCAGCAGCGACGGCAUCUUCGAGAGCGUCGAGACAAAUCCAGUUAUUGACCAUGCGUCCUGGAUCUCGGCCAUGAUCGAGGAACAGAAUGCAUUACAAAAUGUUCCCGUGCCCUUUGAGUUCCAUAUCACCGACCCGAAUGGGUGUUCAUGUGCCUAUGACUGUGACUGUGGCUGGGCGUCUGAUGCUGACUCCAUGGCCUUGAGUGAUGACACUCUUGUCUGGCCAUAUUGA